AUUGUGUAAUUGAUAAGAUAUCAUGACCAAAUUGUUACUGAAAGAUUAUUUAUACUUUAUAUAAGUUUUAUAUAAGAACUUAUUACAUUUUUUCUUACAAGUUAUGGAGACCCCGAUAGUUAAAUUGUCUGAUGAGGAGCUCAAAACAGUUUAUGAGCCUUCUGAAGAUUCGUAUCUUUUAAUAGAUGCUUUGGAAGCAGAUUUAAAGAUUCUGCAUACUAUAAAGCCAAGGAUUUGCUUGGAAAUAGGUAGUGGCUCUGGUAUAGUUAUCACAGCUUUAGCAAUGGCAUUGAAGAGACAUAAUGUUCAUUUUGUUGCAAUUGAUAUAAAUCCUGAUGCAUGUAAGGCCACGAAAAGAACUAGUCUGGUUAAUUCAGCCGACGUAGAUGUCCUUCAAAUGAAUUUGUUAGAUUGCAUACAAAUUAAAUAUACAUUUGACAUUAUUUUAUUCAAUCCCCCGUAUGUAGUUACAGAAUGUAAGGAAGUAUUAGAUGAUAGACUUGUAUUCAAGACUUGGGCAGGUGGCAAAAAUGGUAGACAAGUUAUGGAACAGGUAUUCACUACGAUUCCCGAAAUCUUGUCAGAUACAGGCUUGUUUUAUUUAGUUGUUAUCAAAGAAAAUGAUCCUGAAUAUAUCUUGAGUGCUUUUCAAAAAUUGAAUAUGUCUGGUGAAAUUGUUCGUGAACGUAAAAUAAGAGGAGAGCAUUUGUACGUUUUACGUUUUCAUAAAAUCAAGGAAAUGAGAAGUUAACAUUACGCGUAAUAUUCAUAGGACAUUUUAAAAGUUUCUAAUUCUAUAGGAAGUAAAAGAAAGCAUUAUUAUUUCAUUAAUCAUAUGCUAAGUCUAAUUAAUAUUUAUGGUGAUUAACUGCAGGUAUUUAAAUCAUAUUAGCUUGCACUUUUUGUAGAUAACUAUAAUAUUUGUAUUAUUUGUAAACUACUGUUAUGUAAUAUAUAAUUGCAAUUAAUACAGG